AUGUACACCUACUUCAAACAACAACACUCGACAUUAUCGGUUCCGGUUCCAAUUCCGAUGCAAUCGAAUCAUCCGAUCUCACCACCAUCUUCAUCAUCAUCACCCCAAUCAUGUAGUCAAGGUCAUCGAUCUUCGCUCAUCCUUCAAUCCGAAGAAGGAGGUUCAAUUUGCUUACUCUGUUUCACAAACCUAAUCACAAACCCUAAUUCUCCAACCUUCCAUGUAUCCUACGCUCUCUCUCAGCUCUCUCAUGCCGUCUCUCAGCCUUCCUUUCUCUCUCCUCUUCUCUCGUUUCAUACUCACCUCAUUCUCUCUCCUCUUGUUCAUUCUCUAUCAUCUUUUGAUGAUGAACAGAUUGCUCGCCAAGUUAUUGAUGUUGUUUCUCAGAUUUCUGAUUAUGGCGGUUCUUCGGUUGCUGGUGAUUUUGUUGCCAGUGUUGCUGCUGUUUUGUCGUCUGGUGAGCUUGCUUGGAGUCGUCGUCAGGUUUACUCGCUACAUUGUCUGGGAGUUUUUUUGACACGUCAAAUGGAUACUUAUGACAGUAUCAAAGAUAAAACUGGUCUGAUCAACAAUCUUGUGAUGGGUCUUCAAUUGCCAAGUGAAGAAAUUCGAGGGGAGAUCAUGUUUGUUCUGUACAGGAUAUGUAUCCUCCAGUAUUCCAGUGAAGAUGAGGAAGGUGCUGAUAUAUUGUUUGAGUAUUGCCCCAUGAUCUUACAAUUAUCUUUGGAUGCACUUAUGAAGACUCAAAGAGAUGAUGUUCGCCUAAACUGUUUAGCUCUUCUGAAGGUGUUGGGUCAAAGAGGAUUCCUCUCAAAUGCCUUUUCAAGUGAGUUCAACAUGAUGGAUACCUGUGAAGCGGAUAACUAUACGCAAUCCUCCAAUGAUGAACCUAAUGGUUCUUCUUUAAGUAGAUUGUUUGCUGAGGCUAUUAAGUCUCCGUUGCUCUCUCCUGAUAGUCAAGUUCAAGUCUCUACACUGGACCUCAUAGUACAUUGUUUGUCAUGUGGGAACUGUUCACUCAAGCAAAUUCAAGUCUUGGUGGAAGAGAAUCUUGCAGACUAUAUAUUUGAAAUACUAAGGCUAUCAGAGUACAAGGACCAGAUUGUAAGCUCUUGCGUUCAAGCUCUUGAUAUCUUAUCAGCGGCUGAACACGUCUUCAGGCAGAGGCUUUCCCUUGGCUUCUCUACUUUGGUCUCUGUUCUGCCUCAGGUAGCUGAAGUACCUUUUCAUCCUGUUCAACCUCAGAUGCUAAAGCUCAUAUUGGUUGGCAUCUCAAGUUAUCCCGGAGUAGUAUCUGCCAAACUUGCUGAAGAAAUAAGUAGUUCCUUGACACUAAUACUAAAGAGAUACUCUGCUGGUGAGAUGGGUAUGCUUCCUGAAGCAUUCAUUACCAUCUGUUCCAUUUUUGUUGCUCUUGUGAAAUCUCCUUCAGCUAGCAGAGCUUCAAAUUUGAUGGCUACAGUCCUGCAAGCAUCAAGACAUGCAAUUCUGGCCUCAUUGAGCACAAAUGACUUAAACAGCUACCAACUUCUGCAUUCUUUAUCUCUGUUAAAAGAAACAUACUCAUUUUGUCACGAAAUCAGCUCUAUAUGUAAUAGUACAGAGAUGCAACCGAGAGAUUCAAUUAUAGAAGUAUGUCAAAAUCAUAUAGUACCUUGGUUUAUGACAGAAAUCAAUGGUUUGGAAGAGGAGAGUGUGUUAAGAAUAUUGGAGACCUUGCACUUCAUACUGUUACAAGCUCAUGAUAAUCAGGCCUUGCAACGCACUCAUGCUCUACUUUCACUCUCGUGGUUCAGCUUGUCUUUCAGAUGUUUAGGUCUGUACCCAACAGAAAAGAUGAAAUUGACAGUGUAUCUGAUGCUAAGUACUAUUGUGGAUAAUAUUCUUGGCGAUGAUUCUGGCAAAUCCAUCAGAACUGUUGCAUCUGCUUUGCCAAUAGAUCCUGUUGAUCUUCUGUUUCUUCUGGGGCAGAAGCACAACUUAGAUCUGUCAUCUUGCCAGAUUGCUGUAUUACAAAUACUGCAUAUCAGCUCUUUAUACGACGAAAUGCAAGUAUCUAACCCUGCUUUGAAUUUUCUUGACUUAUUAAUGUCCUUCAAGUUUUCCAUCUUAACCUUUAGAUUUUUCCCCAUCUUUCUCAGGCUUGCUGACAAGAAGCUAAUUUUGACUUCUCUGGAGCAAUAUAUGCUUGCCAACAGCAGCCACUUGCUUUUCAGAGCUGUUGACUCGAUUGUGGUAGUCUAUUUGUUGAAUCUUUAUGCUCUGUGUAGAAGCUUUUCCAAGAAAAACUACCAAAUUUGUUACAGUUCUGAUGCAGAAAAGAUUUUCUUCGAGCUCUUGGAGGAGCAAGAUUGGGAUUUAUCAUCUUUUGACAUUCACCCAUCCUCAUUAAAAUGGUUGUUUCAACAGGAGAAAUUCAGCAAGUCCUUGUCUUGCCAAAUCCUCAAACUCUCUCGAAAUAGUUUCUCAAAUGACACCCUAAUGAACUGUGGGAUUCUUAAUUUCCACGAUAUAGCAUGUUUAGCCUCUGUAGGAGACAACCUUUUACCAAAACUGUUGGUCCUUCUGCUGAAACAGCUUGUUGGAAAUGAUAUGUUACUAGAGGAUGUAAUAUCAUUACUUCAUUUUAUAUCGUCAAUUAUCACCAUUUUUCCGCAUGCUGCAGAUCAGCUCUGCAUGCAUGGAAUGGGCAGUGCAGUUCAAAAUCUCUGUUCGAAUUUGUUAUGUUCUUCCUCACUAGAGAGCUACAUGAUCGUUUCACGUUUUAUCUUCAUCAUCUUAUGUUCUGUGCAAUCUCAAACACUCUAUGAUGAUGAAGCUUGGCUUGCAGUGGUGAUGAAGGUAGGUAAGUUUUUGUGUAAAAGCAUUCAGACCUGGUUUCAUCCAUGA